AUGACUACGUCGUCGCAACCUGUAAUCGCGCAGCGCCUAAACAUCGCUCCUGGAACCAACUUCGAAUGCAUCAAUAGAGGGGCACGAGGGUUUUGGUGUGGUCCUGGGAGACAUGAUGCUCAGCUUGUGGUAGUGUCACUCGGUCUCGCCGUAGGCAUCGCGUCUUUCGGCUCUUCUCUCGGCGGCGUCAUGUAUCCCAUCGUCCUGAGAACUUUGGUCUACGAAAUUGGAUUUGCUUGGGCGAUCCGCGUGAUCGGCUUUAUGGCGCUUGCUCCGCUCAUAAUACCUUGUGUUGUCAUGAAGGAGCGCGUCAAACCGGCUGUGAGAAAGCGCCGGCCGAUGAUCGAUUACUCCGCUUUUACCAAUGCGACUUAG